AUGAAGAUUACCAGACAGCCCCUUAUCCUCAGCCUUUUAGGCCUGGUCGACCUUGCUCGCUGCGGCGUACUGCCGAAUUGGAACUCCUAUCCCAGCCAUGAUCCUGCCAUUGAGAAUCGCACUUUGGACGAGAUCUACGCCUCUGCUAAACACGAGAUGGGUGACCUCAUUGUGCUUUGGGGAGGAGAUGCUGUAAGCCAAGGUGUACCAACGAUUGCAGCAUGGCAAGCACGAUUCCCCGAAAUCAAGCUCAAUCUGACUGUCGACGUUUCAAAAUAUCACGACAGCCGAGUGAAUCGUCAGUUCCAGCGCAAUGGAACCGACGGCGCAGAUAUCGCAGUUUUGCAGACGCUGCAUGAUUUCGGUCGCUGGAAGAGGGAAGGGCGGCUGUUGCCAUACAAGCCGUUGAAAUGGGAGGAUAUUUAUUCCGCUAUAAAGGAUCCUCAUGGUGCCUUUGUGGGAGCAUAUAUAUGUGAGCACCCUGAUGAUAUCUUGUCCCUUCGUAGAUUAUGUCCCAUGCUGACAUUUUCGAUUCUUCGUCAAUUAGACCAAUUUGGAGAUCUUAUUUACAACACCGGACUCUUGAAUGAGUCUAGUGUUCCAUCUUCAUAUGGAGAGUUCGUUCGCCCAGAGUGGAAAAGCAAGCUAGCGUUAACGUAUCCCAACGACGAUGACGCUAUCACUUAUCUGUUCUCUGUCAUCAUUGACAAAUAUGGCUGGGAUUGGUUCGAAUCACUUCUCGAACAGGAUGUUCAGUGGGUCCGAGGAACUGGCGAACCUGCUGACUAUGUUGCCGAGGUCAACUCUACUCGCUCGUUGUCUUUCACCACCAACUUGAACACGGCGACAAACCUGGCUAGCAAAGCACCUGAAGACGCCCGCCUGCUGUGGCCACAGACUGGUGCUAUUUUUGCCUCCACUCCUCGCCCUGAAAGUGCUAAAUUGUUUAUGAGCUGGUUGCUUAGCGACGAAUAUCAAGAGCAAUUCGUCAACAGCCAGACCUACUUGGCACGGAAGGAUUUGCCUUCUAAGCUAGGAAAUGUGUGGGAUGAUGAAUUCACGGCGCUCACUCAAUUUGCAACUUUCAUGGAGAACCGUGAUUUGGUCGAAUGGUGGAGACUCCAGUUUGAGACUUCCAUCGGGACUGCUCAGGGUCUUAGCCCGGUGCUUUCAUACUAUGGUAGCCGCUAG